AUGGAACGAAGGGCACCUCAAGUUUCGGUAAACGCCACACAAAGACACACACAUUAUGCCGUCGGUGUGGUAGACGUGCAUUCCACAAUCAAAAAAAAACCUGCGCACAGUGUGGAUAUCCUUCUGCAAAAACUCGAAGUUGUAUAUAAUUGGAGUGAAAAAGGCAAGCGCAGAAAAACUACUGGUACCGGUCGAAUGAGGUAUCUAAGACAUGUUCCACGUCGCUUCAAGAACGGGUUCCGUGAAGGCACCCACGCUAAACCAGCAGCCAGCAAUUCAACUUCGCAAGUUGAUUAA